UUUAAAAGAUCUCGAGUCAGAAUUUUAUUAAUGGGACAAUUUAUUAAUAAACCUAACACAAAUAAUAGAGCUUUGAAAUAUGUGAGCGAAAAUAAAAAAAAUACUCUUAAACAAUCGCUACAAUACAAGGGCGACAAUAAAAAUGAAAAAUUAAAUAUAGACAUAAAAUUAUUCAAAAUAAAUUCAUCCCCUCUGUCUGAAAAAUCAGAUCAAAUAUCUAUAAUUCCAUUUGAUAACACGAAAUCAAGACCAUUGCCAGUAUAUAAAAAAUCAAAGAUGUUAGAACUAGGAUAUGCUGAACCAAAAAAUAUUAGUAAUGGUAAAUUAAGUCUAAAGCAAGCCAUUCAUAUUUUGAACAUUUUUUCGGAAUAUAAUAAAUUGAAAAAAGUACAUGAAAACAAUACAAAAAAUUUAGUUAAGAUGUUAGCAAUAAAGUAUAAUUUGGAUCGUGAAGAUAUGUUUAGUUUAUAUAAUAAUUAUAAAUUGUUCCAAUUUUUUGUGCCCAAAACACAUAAAGAUAAAUUUACAACAAAAAAUAUCCAAAACAAUCCUAUAAAUGUUAGCGAAAUUAGUAAUAAAUCUCAUUUGGAUUUAUAUCCUGGGAUUGAUCUGAAAAAUAUUUCGAAUGAUCUCAAAGAAUUUCUAAGCAAAUCACCUAGAAUUGGUUAAUUGAUAUUUGUCAAUAUAGUGCUUGUGUCAGUUGCUUUUUUAAUUUCUAUUAAUAAUUUUGUUAUAUAAUUUAUAUAUAUGCUAAAUUAAUAAUAUACUUGUAUCGCUAUAUAAUUAAAUUGAUAAAAUAGUACUGCUUUAAAUAAUUGCCAAAUUGUGAAUUCAGGCCAAAGAAUAUCGACAAAAUAAAGGCAUGAGUAUCCAAUCUAUAUAUAUUAUAUAAAACUAAAAAAUACAAAAUAGAUAUUUUUAACCUGCCAAGUCAAAAAAUCGCUGAUUCUAGUUUCCCCUGAGGUUCUCACUAACAAAUCAAUAUCCAAUGAAUUUUUCGUAAAUAAGUGAUCUUUGAUA